AUGGGGCGAGAUUGUCGCCACCUGGACCAUCUCCUCGCCCAUCGGCGGAGCGCGCCGCUCUCCUCAUCACCGCCGCCGCCGCCGCCGCCGCUGUCCGUCAGCAUCCUCCUGCUGCUGCUGCUGCUCCUGCUGCUGCUGCUGCCUCAGCCGGCAGAGUCCUGCGGACCUGGUAGCUUGAACGGGGGCCGGCGGCGCCCGGCGCGCAAGCUGACGCCGCUCGCCUUCAAGCAGUUCGUGCCCAACGUGGCCGAGAGGGCGCUGGGCGCGAGCGGCCGCUACGAGGGGAAGAUCGCACGCGGCUCCGAGAGGUUCCGGGAGCUGACGCCCAACUACAACCCCGACGUCGUGUUCAAGGACGAGGAGGGCACCGGGGCCGACCGCCUCAUGACGCAGCGCUGCAAGGAGCGCCUCAACUCGCUCGCCAUCUCCGUGAUGAACACGUGGCCCGGCGUGAAGCUGCGCGUGACCGAGGGCUGGGACGAGGACGGCCACCACUCGGAGGAGUCGCUGCACUACGAGGGGCGCGCCGUGGACAUCACCACGUCGGACCGCGACCGCGACAAGUACGGCACGCUGGCACGCCUCGCCGCCCAGGCGGGCUUCGACUGGGUCCACUACGAGUCCAAGUCGCACGUGCACUGCUCCGUCAAGGCCGAGAACUCCAACAUCGCGGCGGCCAAGGGCAGCGAGGGCUGCUUCCACGGCGACGCGCGCCUCUUGGUGGAGGGCGGCGGCUCCAAGAGGCUGCGCGACCUGCGGGCCGGCGAGCGCGUCCUGGCGGCGAGCGGGCCCACCUCGCCGCCCGCCUACAGCGACCUCCUCCUCUUCCUCGACCGCGAGCCCCGCCAGCGGCGCCGCUUCAUCGCCCUGGAGACGGAAGGCGGCGGCCGCCUCCUCGUCACCCCCUCGCACCUCGUGUUCGCCGCGCCCGGAGACUCCGACGAUGACGGCGGCGGCGAUAGUGGCAGCGGUGUUCCCCCGGAGGAGCGCGCCGUGGCCCUCUUUGCCAGCCGCGUGCGGCCCGGCAUGUUCGUCUUUGAGCUGGCGGGUGCUCUUGCUGAUCCUGCUGCUACUGCGUUAGUGGUGGUGCUGGCGGUAGCGUUAGUGGUGGUGCUGGUGGCGUUAGUGGUGGUGUUGGCGGUAGCGUUAGUGGUGGUGCUGGUGGCUGGUGUUGUUGUUGGCGAUGACGGAGCACCGCGGCUGCGUGCGGUGCGCGUGGCGCGCGUGAGCUGGGUGGAGGCGCUGGGGUCGUACGCGCCGCUCACGCACCACGGCACGGCGAUCGUCGACGGGCUGCUGGUGUCGUGCUACGCGGCCGUCGAGACGCACGGCCUGGCUCACGUCGCCUUCGCGCCGCUCCGCACGGCCCACCAGCUCAUGCGGGGCCUCGGGAUACAUUCGCGCAGCAGCAGCAGCGGCGGCGACGGCAAUAGCAGCGGCAGCGGCAGCAGCAGUAGCAAGAACGCACCGGGAGCGGAGGGAGAAGGAAUUCACUGGUACCCGCGACUCCUCCACACGCUCGCCCGUCUGCUGCUCGGCGAAGACGUGUUCCACAUCCUCUCGCCUGGCCGCGCGUGA